AUGGCGCUGAUUGUCGACAAGCACAGACCUCGAUCGCUGGACUCGUUGACAUACCACCCUGAGCUAUCGGAUCGACUCCGGUCACUGGCCCAGAGCGGCGACUUCCCCCACCUCCUAGUGUACGGGCCGUCGGGAGCGGGGAAGAAGACGCGCAUCGUGGCGACGCUCAAGGAGCUCUACGGGCCGGGCGUGGAGAAGAUCAAGAUUGACGCUCGCGUCUUCCAGACGUCGAGCAACCGCAAGCUCGAGUUCAACAUCGUCGCGUCCAUCUACCACCUGGAGAUCACGCCGUCGGACGUGGGCAACUACGACCGGGUGGUGGUGCAGGACCUGCUCAAGGAGGUGGCCCAGACGCAGCAGGUGGACCAGUCGGCCCGGCAGCGCUUCAAGGUGGUGGUGAUCAACGAGGCCGACCACCUGACGCGCGAUGCUCAGGCCGCCCUCCGCCGCACCAUGGAGAAGUACUCGCCCAACCUGCGGCUCAUCCUGCUGGCCAACUCGACGGCCAACAUCAUCGCUCCCAUCCGCUCGCGCACCCUGCUCGUCAGGGUCGCGGCCCCGACGCACGACGACAUCUGCAGCGUCCUGGCCCAGUCGGCCAGGAAGCAAGGGUGGGACAUCUCCGAGGGCUUGAAUCGCAGGAUAGCCAGGGACAGCGGGAGGAAUCUGAGGAGGGCUCUGCUCAUGUAUGAGGCUGUUCAUGCACAGAACGAAAAAAUAUCCGACGACACUCCCAUCCCCCCAGCAGACUGGGAAGCCCUCAUCGGUCACGUCGCCAAGGAGAUUAUCGAGGAGCACACACCGGCCCGCAUCCUCCAGGUCCGAGCCAAGCUGUACGACCUGCUGACGCACUGCAUCCCCCCGACGACGAUCCUCAAGACGCUCACGUUUAAGCUGCUCCACAUGAUUGACGACCCCCUCAAGGGCGAGGUGAUUCAGUGGUCUGCCUUUUACGAACAUCGCAUCAAGACGGGGACCAAGGUGAUUUUCCACCUCGAGGCUUUUGUGGCCAAGUUUAUGAGGAUCUACGAGAUGUACCUUAUGAGUAUGGAUAUGUAG